AUGUCCGUGGCCGCGCGGCCCAAUUUUCCGGCGGCACUCUCGCUAUGUCCAAGCGCGCCGCGGUCCAGCGCAGACACGGAGGCAUGGUACCGUGAUUCUGCAGGUGAUAUCGCUACGUACGGCAUUGCCGGGCGUAUAUGGUCCGUACGAUGCACUCAUGGUAGGGAGUCGGCCUAUUUGUUUCUGGCGUACUUGGCCGAGGGCACUGGCACAUGGGACCCGCCGCGCACUCUCCUGCAAGCAGACGAAGUAACUGUGCUGGAGCUCGGAGCAGGUGUAGGUACGGCCGGCCUGGCGACCGCGCAGGCCCUCGAUCGGCAGGGCGGACGCGGCACCGUCGUGCUCACCGACCUCCCGGACGUGUGCCCGCUGCUGGAGCGCAACGCAAGUACUUGUGCUUGCACGCAUGUUGCUAUACAUGUGUGUGCCUUGCCAUGGGGCGACCAUGACGCGGCGCAUGCCGUCCUUACCAGCACCGCGCCGCCCACACAUAUUCUGUGCUCGGACCUCGUGUAUUUUCCGGAGCUCCUUGCUCCUCUUUUGCGCACGCUGAUCUCGCUGACCACUAUAUCACCCACCACAGAGGUGCUCAUUGCUUACAAAAUUCGCUCGUUGACCAAGGAACAGCCAUUUUGGUGCGGCCUGUCCGCCUGGUUCGAGCUAACACAGGUUGACUACCAGCGGGACCCCCGCGCACCGAAGCAGCCGUUCGGCGCACACACCUCGCAUUUUGGAUCACGCGCCCCACCAUGUACACCAGACGGCCAGCCACUGGACGACUACUUUCUGUUUGUGGCGCACCGCCGGCCAGAGACUCAUGUGUGGGCCGUGCCAGAGAGCGACGCCGCGCUGCUCCAGGGGCAGUAUGUACGUGAGGGGCAAAUGCGCACGGCUCUGACGACCGGUACCUUUGAAUGGCUUCUCCUAAGUCGCGCUACAGAGGACGUGUAG